GUUGUUCUGAUACCUGUCUGUGAGUUAAGAUGACCUCAAUACGUCAUAACAUAAGCCUGGAAGUGUUGCUCAUCUGUUGUAUCUUGUGGCACAGCUAUGUCAAUGGUCAAAGUCAGAGCACGUGCCCCGAGGAGCCAACAGGUGUGGUGUUAAAGUCUGAGGUAGACCAGGCUGGGGUGGGGGUCCUGGCCUGCUCGCUGAACGAGUACCCCGCGGAUGACGUGGACAUCCGCUUCACCUGGCUGGUAGACAACAGCACCAGGGAUGUGUGGGUCAGGCAGAUCAAGGGGCCGGAGAAAACUGGAUCUAUUCGUGUCACGGACAUCGAUGUUGACCUCUACGAAAAAGAGAUUACAUGUUUUGCUGAGCUAAAGUACCCAGGAGAAGAUUGGUGUUAUAAACUUCAAAGUAAUAUCGUCACGCCAAAAGUAAUGUGCCCUGCGUUAUCUCCCAUAACACUGACAGAGGGCAUGGGCAGUGAGAGGCUGCAGUUAUCACUCAGCUCCCCGCCCUCCAUGUUCUGUAAUGCCAAGAAACACCCAGAGUGUUCUGUCGAGGUGUUGUUGGAGCUGGUCCCACAUCUACAAGACCUCAAGUGUACCAAUAACGACAUCAUUCCCCAAGCAGUCCUACAAACCCCCAGCUGUGCAGUGGAGUUCACCAAGCGGAACUGGAAGACGGGCGUCUCCAUCCCCAUCAAGGCUGUCAUGGACGGGGUCAAGGACGGCAACAGGAAGGUCCAGCUUCAGAUCCUUGUAGCCAUCAAAGGACAGCGUACAAAGAUAGUCGAUUGUGGGAGUGUUGAGGUCACUGUGAUUGAUGCGGACAGAACGUCGCUGUGUAGGUCUCACAAUGAUCCACAUUUAGUGACCUUCGAUCAGUUUACGUAUGACAACCAGCUGGUUGGCGAGUUUGUUUUAUACAAACAUAAAACAUUUCCUUUUGAGGUGAGGGUCCAGCAACUCGUCUGCUCACCACCGUGGAACUCAGCCACCUGCAACUGUGCAGUUGCGGUCAAGGUGGGGGAUGACGUCAUCUCAUUUUAUGGAUGUAAUGGCCCCAGUGUGAAUGUCCAGAUGUACAAGAAUGGAGAUCUCACUCCAGGAACCAGCGUCAAAAGGUUGGGAGAUGGGAAAAAAUACGAGGUGUACAUUCCUACCAGAACUAAAGUGACCAUAGAGAAUGCUGUCACGUUGUUGAAUGUUUACGUGGAUGGGUCAAUGGCCGACUCUUCUAACACAGAAGGCAUGUGCGGGAACUUCAAUGGCAACAAGGCUGACGAGCUGGGCGGGGAACGAAUCCAGGAGUUCAACAUACGCUGGAGACGAACAGACAGCAUAUUUCAAGGUGUGCGUGCUAACAACUCGGCCACCCUGCCGACCUACUGCAGCUGUGUGAGGCUGAGACCUGCCGUCUGCCGCGCUGGGCUAGACGUCUUCCGGUGUGACGACAUUGAUUACUCGGACAUAACAGAUCUUCUGGUCAAACACUCCAAACCCCCAGUCCUCACGAACAUGGGAGGGAGGAGACGUCGACAGGCCACUGAUAACCAAAGCUCUACUUCAAAGUCUCCCAAGUAUACGAAGGCUGAGGCUACACAAAUCUGUAAAGAUAAGAUAGAAAAAAGUAAAACUGUGGGGGUUUGUGGGAAAUACCUUUCCAACACAACUGUGCCUCAGAGUAUAGAUGACUGUAUUUUCGACCUGGAGGCAACAGGGGAGAGUCAGUGGGCAGAAGCGCAUGUCUCAACUCUGGCGGAAACGUGCAUGUCUGAGGCCAGGAAGGAUCCAGCUGUCUGGACAGGUAAUGGCACCACACCUGGGCAGCCUGAGUUUCCACGGGACAUUGCUGUAGGGCUAUGUGUGAAAGACUGCGGCGUCAAUGGCGACUGUGUCAAUGCAAUCUGCCAGUGUAAAAACGGGUACGCUGGAGAGACGUGCCAGAUUUCACCAGACGCUCGGCCUGUGGUCAGCCCGGGGGUGGAGGUCUGUGACGUGGCGACCACCUCCUGUGGGACGUUCGUGGUGGGUGGGUUCAACUUCACUAGGAGCAGGAAUUUGACGUGCGUCUACACAUUUGUCUCGUCUAACCAGACGGCGCUGCCAGGCGUGUCACGUGGUACAGCCGCAGCCGAGUACAUCAACCUGUACCAACAGGGCUGUUCCAUGACGCAGCAACAGCCCCGCAGUGCCCUGGUGUCUAUAGCAGCCGGUGACGUGACCAGCCAGCACAGCUACAUGUACGUGGUCUACAACUCCAGCUGCCAGACCUGCUCACUCUCAGGUCAAGGUCAGAACAACGUCACGUGUCAAUGGAAGUCGAACCACUGUGUGAUAAACGAUCAGUGUUACUCCGAUCUUCAAGUCGACCCGGAGAACUCCUGUCAAGUUUGUAACGUAACUAUCAGCACAUCUCGCUGGACUUGGCUCGAAGUUCCAGAAUGCCCAGAGCCGAAAGAAGUACCAACUACCAUCAUCAUCGCCGUCUGUGUUGUGCUGGGUGUUCUCCUUAUUGCUGCCGUUAUCGUGGCGAUCGUCUGUUUUAAAAGGAAAAAUAAAUCGAAAAACCUAUUGUAACUCAAGGACUAAAUUUUUAUUUAAACAAACAUGAACGCUGAAGUGUCAAUCUUGGAAUGAAUGUCUAAAGGAAACAUGCUCAAAAUACUUUUCAUUAGUCGCCUUAUAUUGUUUACAGUAAUCAUAAAAAUAUAUUGUUCGCUCUGUUGUUAAAAUAUUAGCAACCCUAUUUUUCUAUAGCUUCUAAUUUAUUUUUCAUGGUUUUAAUAACACAAAUAUAACUUAUGUUUGUUUUAUCCAGUCAAUUGAGUUUCUUUCAGGCAUCUCUUUGGGGGGG